GGAACAUCACCACUUCAUCGCAAACACCAAUUGAAGAGCAACGCGACGAGAGAUUGAAGAUGUCGGGCAAAUAUGCUUUCUCGCAGACGUUGAAGGAGGUGCGGUUUUUGUUUUGUCAGACGGCGGAGCAUAGUGGGCCUACAAGGUCGUUCCUUGCGCGCGCAUACCCUACGAUGAAGAAGAACAAUCCACAAACACCGAUCAUGCUCCGUGAAGCUGCUGGAACACAACCGAGGGUAUAUGCAAGAUAUGAGUUCGGACAGGAGAAGAGCGAGUCAUUAGCAGGGCUGUCAGAUAAGGAGAUUGAGGAUAAAGUUACAGGGCUCGUAAAGACGGGAAUAUGAGUUGUUGGAAAGGGCAGGGUGUUGUACAUAUUGAAAGCAUGGAGGAAAUAGAAAAUCGCCAUGGCGAAACUGGACCGGAGCUUCUAAGGUGCAGUAUUACUUUCUUGCGAUCCUCUGCAGGCUAAUAGUUG